UUGGAUCCCGAAUUCGUGAUGGGGUCCCUGGGUCAUGCCGUGCACAUGACGCAACCAACACGCCGUGACGUGAACGUUUUACACUGACCUUGCUUAUGGGUAGCAAUCCUACUAGUAUGUGACAGGCAUCCCUCUCAAGCGGAAUGUGCAAUCUUUCCCAACACACGAAAGCAACCAGCGGAGGAUGCCAGCUACUUAGUUUCCGGCCAUAUGUACGAAGAAGACUGGUUUUAUCUUGCCUCACGCCUCCUAACCGCCGCGGACUCUCCAAUCAAUGCCAUGUUGCAGCGACACGGUGGAGCAAUAGGGAAGCUGAAGGGGACUACACCAUAAGCAGCAAGGAUAAUAUAGCAAAUUGCAGCUUGCCUUCUUGUACGCGCCUGUGUGUGGCUCCAAAUGAUGGUGGACGCCAUCGACUGUCAGCCGGGCUGUCGUGGCUUUGGCAACAACUGCACGCGGCGUUGCUUGCGCUGGCGCGCUGGGCCUUAAUCGGUGCCGCUUGCUGCUUGGCAAGCUUGGUGCCUCGGCCCGCACCCUCCAUGGCUGCCGCGCAGUCCUGUACGGCAACCGUCGCGACAUUGGAGCCCGGCGUAAGGAGUAGCGCGCCCGCAACCAGCUCGCAUAGCCCUCUUAAGUCCACAUCUCUCAGCAGCGGAAGCCGUGCUGCACCAGGCAGCGUUCCCAGGCAUGGCCAGGCAACAUCAACAGCUUGCAAUGGCAUGGCCAUAGGCGCCAUGGCGCCCCUUAGAACCACGCACCUCGCCGAUAUCGCUGCCGCCUCCCUUUCCUCCACCCCAGCCCCAGUCCCAGCUGCAUUCUCCACAACAACCUCCCGUGUACGACAGUCGUCAUCAUCAUCGUACUUCACACCCGACUCCCCCUUACCUGCGUAUGCAACGUCAACACCCACGGUUCACGAACUGGCAGACGCCAGCAACAGCUCAGCUGCCGGUGCUGUUGGUGGCAGUAGCAGCAGUAGCAACAUAGCCGGGUAUUCAGCUGUAGGUAGCACAGCAAGCGGCGCUAGCAGCAGCAGCAGCCCAGGCGGAGGCAGUGCGGCGGGUGCCGUACUGCCGCAAGCAGCAGAUCCAGAGGAUCUGGCGCUAGCGCAACAGCUUGGUGUGGGGGUGUCCGAGGCGAGUGUGGUGCGGUUGUUUGAACGCAAUCGAGCAAGCGUGGUCAACAUUAGCGGCAUGCGGGCGAUGCAGACCUUCACGACGCUGGAUCUUGGGAAGAUGCCGUACGGCCAGGGCAGUGGCUUCAUCUGGGGCGACAAGGGGCAUGUGGUGACGUGUUACCACCUGGUGAAGGGCUCUUCCGAGGUCAAGGUGACGCUCAACGACAACUCAUCCUACACCGCUAAAGUCCUCGGGUACGAUGCCGGCAAGAACCUUGCGGUGUUGAAGCUCUCCGUGCCCAAGAGCAAGCUCCGAGAGCUGCAGUCAGUGACCCCUGGGUCGGCGGCGGGUCUCCGAGUGGGCCAAACCGUGUACGGCAUCAGCAACCCCUGGGGCCUGGGACACACCAUGAGCAAGGGCCUGGUAUGUGGACUGGGACUGGAGCUGUCAGCGGGGCUGUUCCCCAUCAAGGGCGUCAUUCUGACGGACGCCGCAGCGGAUGCGGGCAGCAGCGGCGGGGCGCUUCUAGACAGCGCGGGCAGCCUGGUGGGCAUGCUGGUAACGCCGCCGGCCAGCAGCGGGGGCGGCGGCGGCGGCGCUGCGGGUCGCUCCUUUGCCGUACCCAUUGAUGCCGUACGAGGGCUGAUCAACCAGAUUCUGUUGUACGGCAGGACUGUACGACCGGCUCUUGGGAUCACCAUGGCUCCGGCGCAGGUCCUGGAGCGCGUGGGGCAGGCGGGCGUGCUGGUGCUGGAGGUGCCUCCCGGCUCGCCGGCGCAUGCGGCGGGGCUGAGACCCACGCACAGAGACAUCUUCGGAGACCUGGUGCUGGGUGACGUGGUGGUGGGUCUCGACGGCAAGGCCGUACGAUCUUCAGCCGACGUGUACGACAUUUUGGACGAGCAUCGCAUCGGCGACCGCAUCAAACUGGACGUGCUGCGCGAUGGCAAGCAGACGGGACUCACGGUCACCCUGGGAGAGCGGGUGUUGGGCGCUGUGGAGGAGUGACAAGGCAAGCCGGUUGGAUUGGGGUUCCAGGUCAAAACACAAAACAUGUAGUGGCGUUCGUUAGUUCAGAAAUAUAAGUAAUAGCGUGGAUAAAGGGCGUCGUUGCUUGGAAUGCAGGCCAGCGCAGUGCAGGUCAGGUUGGGUAGUGCGGCGGGGGCGGUCGCAGGCUGUUUGUUACGCGGUAUCCGCAGCAGCGCGGUUGGGCAGUUCAGUUGGGGUGCUGUUGAGAGCUUGGGUGCACCGUUGAAGGCGGCGGCGGUGCUUACGUGUGGUUAAGUUGUUGCCGCUGCAGACAUGAGCUGCGGACGUACCGGUGCCUCGCUUGGCACCAUGAUGGCUUUGAGAUGAGGUAGGAACAUGGGGUGCGAACAUGGGUACAUAUGAAAGGGAUCUAAGGCGUCUAUAGAGGUCUGGAGGCGGGAGCAGCGAGAUACGGCGGUGCGGGCCGAGCUCGCAAGGCGGACACAAGGUGGUAGGGGGCGGUCAACCAAGAUGGAAGUAGAAGCGCCACCAGUGCGGAUGCUGGCACGAGCUGGUGGCGCGAAAGCGGUACAAUCGUACAGAGGUGUUUGUUCUCAUGGAAGCGGAUGGAAGUGCAAUGCAAGGUACCAUGCAUGGGAAGGAUGCCUCAAGAGGUGGCCCCAGCACAUUUUUUUUCCGAUGUGGACUGUUAC